AAUAACCCAAAAGAUGGAUUGUGAUUAGUGAUGAGCUAAAAAAUCAAUUUUUUUUGGGGAGGAAUGAAGAAGGAAAGAAGCACUAUGAUGAAUAGUGGAGUGCUUCGUCUAGAAAAUCAACAGCCCUCAAUUCCGCCAUCUCUACUUUCGCAUCUUUACCUUGGACACUUUCUUUCAAGAUGGACUGCCAGAGAAUGAGGGUUUGAUUGACACUAAAUUUCAUGGUACCAACCUCCACAUAGUUGGGAUUAAGAAUGUGGGAGUUUUCUGUGGGUUUGUAUAUGAUUCAUCUUUUUCCCAAUUCUUUAGUCCUUGCUGCUGUUUAUGGUGCUGUCGAGACAGCUUCCACCGCAUUGCUUGGACCAGUGGUUGGAGAUUUGGUAGAUAAGUUGGCAUAUCCUAAGGUUCUCAAGUUAUGGCUAUUAUGCAAAAAUCUUUCGUUUACGGUUGCUGGUGGUGCAAUGAUUGCUCUUUUGGUUCACUCAAUCAACUUUAGGGCAUUUAUGUUGCUCAUAAUAUUGGUUAAUAUCUCCGGAGCUGUUGCUACGCUUUCCACUAUGGCAGGGACAAUAUUGAUUGAAAGAGAAUGGGUGGUGGUGAUAUCAGAAGGCCAUACUCCCGAGAUGCUGACGCACAUGAAUUCAACAAUACGACGUAUAGAUUUAGUCUCCAAGUUAUUUGCUCCUGUCAUUUCGGGGUCUAUCAUAAGUUUUAUCUCUCUAACAGCAUCAGCCAUGACCCUAGCACUGUGGAACUUAAUAUCGGUUUGCCUAGAAUACUACCUCCUAACAUCCGUUUACAAUGGGAUUCCAGUUUUAAGAGAAUGCAGCCUUAGAAGGGUCUUAAGAUCUUUACCAAACAAUAUCGAACUUAACCCUUCCGUUAAUCACGAAGAGGAGAGCUUGCUUAAUGUAGAAAAAAAUGAAUCUGAAAGCAGCAGGUGGGUAAAAAUAAGGGAUCGUGUUUCAAGAAUCCUUUAUGUCAAUGCUUGGAAAGUCUACUUGCAGCAAGAUGUACUUCUCCCGGGGUUAGCUCUUGCACUUCUCUACUUCACUGUACUCAGCUUUGGUUCCUUAAUGACGGCUAGACUUGAAUGGGAAGGCAUUCCUGCAUAUGUUAUUGGGAUUGCACGCGGGAUAAGUGCAGCAAUAGGGAUAGCUGCUACAUUUUUGUACCCUUUUUUGCAGUCUCAAAUUUCAACUGUUCGUACGGGGCUAUGGUCAAUAUGGUCUCAGUGGAGCUGCCUCUUGGUAUGUGUAGCUUCCAUAUGGGUAAAUAAGAAACUGAUAUCAGCAUACAUGCUUAUGACCGGAGUGGCUGCCUCACGCCUGGGGUUAUGGAUGUUUGAUCUUGCAGUCAUUCAGCAAAUGCAGGAUGAUGGUGCAGAAAGUGAUCGUUGUGUGGUUGGAGGGGUUCAGAACUCACUGCAAUCUCUAUUUGAUUUGAUGACUUAUUUAGCAGGCAUCAUUGUAUCAGAUCCUCAGCGGUUUUGUACAGCAUACACGCAUAUCGCAUCAGGAAGCACCUUUUCCAUUUUGAGAAAUUACGUUUCAUUCGUCGCCAAUUCUAUUGUUGUUUUGGUUUGGACGAUUGAUCAAAUGGUCACUCGGCAAGCAGGACCGGGUAAUGUCGACUAACCUUUUGUACUACUCCGUAUAAAAGUCUGUAUGGACUAAUAAAGUAAUAAUCCAGGAACAUUAUUACAGAAUAUAUUUUGGUUUACUUA